AUGGAAGCUUUAGCCAAGCUCCAGCUCCAGCUCCAGCUCCGGCUCCCAAGCUCCCUUACUUUCUGCAUUAGCCCUACACAUCACAAAACGGACAAUCUUCAAGGACUUUCUUCCAUUCUUUCAGUCCUCAAACUGAAGGAGCUGCAGGACUUUUCCACCCCUGUUCUCCAGCGCAUGGACAUUGGACCCCUCCUCCGACUCCGACUACCCCAAAACACAACCCAUAUGAUCCCCACGGCCGACCCCAUGCUCUCUCUCAACCCUGAGACCUUGCCCCCGUCGACUUUGCACAUGCUAUCGCUGUCGCCUAAGGCAAUGCAUAAGAUGUCCGCAAUAUCCAACCCACUUGUCUCUCCAAAUGCUAUCCCCCCUCGCACCUCGAGCAACGGCGUCCCAACCUCUCUCAGCCCGACUCCUACCAAAUCCGUCCUGCGCCCCGUCCCAGAAGGCAACUGGUUGAGCCAGAAGCAGGCUUCUGCAAAGACACACGCUUCAAACCCCGGCUACGGUGUCAUGACAGCUCCCAACCCACCUCCCGACCCCGAGCGCUACGCUCACGAGGAUCUCGAGUUCACGGCCAAGCGCUCAUGGAACGGCGACAAGGAAAGCGUCGUCCGUGGUCCUUACGACUAUGUCAUUAGCCAUCCUGGCAAAGACUUUCGCGCCCAGUUGAUCGCCGCCUUUAAUGCUUGGCUCGACGUGCCCGCGCCGAGCCUCGAAGUUAUCACCCGCGUCGUCGGUAUGCUACACGAGUCGUCGCUUCUCAUUGACGAUGUGCAAGAUUCGUCUGAGCUGCGCCGUGGCUUUCCCGUCGCACACAACAUCUUUGGUGUCGCCCAGACCAUCAACUCGGCCAACUACAUCUACUUUGUUGCUUUACAAGAGCUUCACAAGUUGGGCAACCCAGAGCUUAUCACCAUAUUUUCCGACGAGCUUGUCAACCUCCACCGGGGCCAAGGAAUGGACUUGUUCUGGCGAGAUACCCUCACCUGCCCUACCGAGGAGGACUACCUCGAAAUGGUUGGCAACAAAACGGGCGGUCUUUUCCGUCUCGGUAUCAAGCUCAUGGCAGAAGAGGCCAACGGUCCUACCGACUGCGUGCCCCUCGUCAACUUGAUUGGCCUCAUCUUCCAAAUUCGCGACGACUAUAUGAACCUGUCGUCCAAAGAGUACAGCCAUAAUAAGGGAAUGUGUGAGGAUCUGACCGAGGGCAAGUUCUCGUUCCCUGUCAUCCACAGCAUUCGCUCCAACCCCACAAAUCUCCAGCUCAUCAACAUUCUCAAACAAAAGACCUCGGACAUCCAGGUGAAGCGAUAUGCCGUUUCGUACAUGGAGUCCACCGGCAGCUUCGAGUACACCAGAAAAGUCAUCAUGGUUCUCAUUGAGCGAGCUCGCAAGAUGGCCGAGGAGCUUGAUGAAGGCCGUGGCAGCACAAAAGGCAUCCAAAAGAUUCUCGAUAAGAUGGCCGUUCUCUAAAGUUAUGUGACUUGUCUACUCUUUUCUCCUUUUUUCUUUGUCACAUUAUGGGUACCGGUUUGAUGUAUUAUGAGCGGAGUGCACAUAGAAUGAUCUGGUAGGAUCAGAAGAUCCCCGAUUUUGCCAUUACAGCAGAGAUCUGUUGAGCAUGAUACCACUUGGGUUCUGGAGAGAUGAUCUUGCAACCAGCGUUGGAUUUGGUAUAUAGUCUUUGACCCAGCCAAUCGAAAGCGCAUCCAUUAAUUAA